AUGAGUUCGAGCAAUGCCCAGCGUCGUCGAAAAAACUGGAUUCUGAUUGUUGCGGUGUUGGUCAUCAUGAUAAUGGGCACGUUGUCAGGCCAGCCUGAUCGCCUGCCAACACCUUACUUUGAUGUUGCCCGCCCCAUGGUGAUCGCUCAUCAGGGCGGUAAUCUGCUGCGUCCGGGAAAUACUCUGCUGGCUUUUGAUCAUGCCAUGGCUCUGGGCGUUGAUGUGUUGGAGAUGGAUGUGCAUCUCAGCGCUGAUGAUCAGCUGGUGGUGAUUCAUGAUGCCACCGUCGAGCGGACCACAAAUGGUCGAGGCGCGGUUAACGACAUGAAUCUGGCCGAGCUUCAAUUGUUGGAUGCGGGUUACAACUGGCCUUUUUCGGACACUGAAUACCCUUACCGGGCACAAGGUGUUUUUAUUCCUUCUUUUAAACAGGUGUUAGAUCGCUAUCCUGCACAACGUCUUGUGGUUGAGCUGAAAGAAGACAAUCCCCGGCUCGCUCAGGCACUGUGCGAUGCGCUGACCGCAUCCGGGCGAGAAAGCCUGACCCUUGUGGCGUCAUUCCACAAAGCUGCGAUGAAUCACUUUCGUGAUGUUUGCCCGGCAACAGCCACCAGCGCUUCCAGCGACGAAGUGCGCUGGUUUGUCAUUGCAUCGAAGCUAUACCUGGGAAACCUGUUCCAUGCGCCAGCGCUUGCCUUGCAGGUGCCGAAAGAGCGGGACGGGAUGCCACUGUUGUCAAAAGACUUUCUAGAUAAGGCUGAUGCAGUCAAUCUACAUGUCGAUUAUUGGACGCUGAACAGUGUGUCGGACCUGCGCAGCGCGAUUGCAGCAGGUGCCCACGGCAUCAUUACGGAUCGUCCGGAUCUGAUGCGUAUUGCGACGAUCCGGGAUGUCGGGAUUACGCCGGGGAAGGGGAUCUUCGAGCAACCGAUCAUCAUUGCGGCGAUCACUUUUUUUAUCUCGCCGAUCUUUGCGUCCAUUGUUCUGUCGCGCCUGUUGCUGCUUCUGCCAAGUCCAGAGGCGGUAGACUGGUCAACAACGCGUGCUGCGUUAUGGCAGCGCGUGAAAGGCCAUGGUGCAUUUGUGGCCCAUGGCCAGCUUGACACGAUUUCGUUGGAUGAACUUUUACAUAUAGAUGAUCAACGCGCGCAGCUGGUGCGUAAUACCGAGCAGUUUCUGGCCGGUUUGCCAGCUAACAAUGCCCUUUUGUGGGGUGCCCGGGGAACCGGAAAAAGUUCGCUGGUACAUGCGCUGCUGAAUAGUUUUGCAGGUGCGGGCCUGCGUCUUGUUGAGUUACACAAAGAUAAUCUUGGUGACUUGAGUCAAGUGGUUGCAGAUGUCGCGGGUCAGCCUUAUCGGUAUAUUAUUUUCUGCGACGAUCUGUCGUUUGAUGCUGACGAUGCCAGCUAUAAGUCACUGAAAAGCGCCCUCGAAGGCUCGAUAUUUACAACGACGGACAAUGUUCUGAUUUAUGCCACCUCGAACCGUCGGCAUCUGGUGCCUGAGUACAUGAGCGACAACCUGCAAACCCGGGUGGGUGAUGCGGAACUGCACGAAAGCGAAGUGGUUGAAGAGAAAAUAUCACUGUCUGAUCGUUUCGGACUGUGGCUUUCAUUUUAUCCGUUUCGCCAGGAUGCGUAUCUCCAGGUGGUCUCGCUGUGGGUCUCGCGGCUGGCGCAGCGGCACGGUAUUGAACUUGAUGCUGAUGCCGAGGAAUUGCGCGCGGAAGCGCUGCGUUGGGCGUUAGCACGUGGUGUGCGCAACGGUAGAACGGCGCAAUAUUUUGCCCGUCACUGGGUAGGGAAACAUAAAGUGAAACGUCUGGUUUUAAUAACGAUAGCACUGCUGCUAUCUCCACUGGCCACCGCGGAUGUGGUUUUACUGAAAAGUGGCGACAAAAUGAGUGGCACCGUGGACAGUGUGGCAGGAGGCAAUGUUCUGCUGAUUACCGAAUAUGCCGGUGCGGUUGCCAUCGCAAUUGACGCGAUUGCUGAAGUAACCACCGAAGGCUCGUUUGAUGUCUUUGUCGGUGAAAGCAGUGUUAACGGGCAAUUUGCCGUUGUUGAUGGCGCACAGGUGCUGGUUGCUGAUGGUCAAUCUCAGCCUGUAGCGCUUAGUGAUGUUACUCGUGCCGGACAGAACAAUCUGGGUAUCGUCAACUUCGCCCGGGAAUGGAAGUCUCGUGCAGAUCUGGCGGCGCAGGUAGCCAACGGAAAUACCGAUACGCAAAAUUACAGUGUCCUGGCGGAAAGCUCACUUAAGCAGGACAAUGUAGAAUACUUACUGACCCUGCUGAUCAGCAAUGAAGAAGCUGAAGGUAUUACUACCAAGGAACAGCUUGAUCUUGAUUUGCUGUACAAGCGCUUUGUUUCUGAAAAGUGGUACGCGUCAGGCAACUUUGAGUACUUUGAAGACCCGAUUAAAGACGUGGACCGCCGCGUUACUCUCGGUGCUGGUAUGGGUUAUCAGUUCUGGGACAACAGCUUCGGUGCUCUUUCAAGUGAACUUGGUGUGAGUUACGUCAACGAAGAUAUCGGCGGAGAAACUUCUAACAAUCCUGCUCUCCGUUGGGGCCUUGAUUACAAGAAGUAUUUCUUCGACAAGCGCAUGGAAGCUUUCCACCGUCAAUCUGUUUUGUUUAUACCAGAUUCCGACCGUGGCGAAGUCAUUGCCUCAUCAACGGGUGUGCGUUACGCGUUAAACACACGCAUUGAUGCAACAGCGCGUGUUGAUGUAAACCAUGAAACAAAGCCUGCGUCAGGGAACAGCAAAACCGACGUUAUCUAUAACGUGGGUGUCGGCGUUAAAUUCUAG